GGCGCAGCUGGCGGGAUGCGCAUGCGCGGCGGUGGCACCGCUGUCAGUUCCGGCUGUUUGUUCGGGAAGUGGAUCCGGGCCGGAGCCGCCGCGCCGCCCCCUCCUCCUCCUCCUCCUUCUCCUCCUCCUCCUCCUCCUCCUCCUCCCCCCGCUCCGUCGCCCGCGGCCGUUCCCGCCGCCCCGGCCAUGGCCAGGGACUACGAUCACCUCUUCAAGCUGCUCAUCAUCGGCGAUAGCGGUGUGGGCAAGAGCAGUUUGCUGUUGCGUUUUGCAGAUAAUACGUUCUCAGGCAGCUACAUUACCACAAUUGGAGUGGAUUUUAAAAUCCGGACAGUUGAGAUCAAUGGAGAGAAGGUGAAGCUACAGAUCUGGGACACAGCUGGACAAGAGCGCUUCCGGACUAUUACAUCAACGUAUUACAGAGGAACACAUGGGGUCAUUGUUGUCUACGAUGUAACGAGUGCAGAAUCUUUUGUGAAUGUAAAACGGUGGUUGCAUGAAAUUAAUCAAAAUUGUGAUGAUGUCUGCCGGAUACUAGUGGGGAAUAAGAAUGAUGACCCAGAGCGAAAAGUGGUAGAAACAGAAGAUGCCUAUAAAUUUGCUGGGCAGAUGGAGAUCCAAUUGUUUGAGACCAGCGCCAAAGAAAAUAUUAAUGUGGAAGAGAUGUUUAAUUGCAUUACAGAGCUAGUCCUGCGAGCAAAGAAAGAAAACUUAGCAAAGCAGCAACAGCAGCAACAGAAUGAUGUGGUGAAGCUAACGAAGAACAGUAAAAGGAAGAAGCGGUGCUGCUAAUGCCCUUUCCCUGCUGCAGAGACUCUGCUCUCAGACAGAUCAGCCCCUCCAGCUAGACUCGGGCAAUUCCACUGGGGCAGGCUUUGGGAGGACUUUCUCAGUUUUGUGCCGUUAUUUAAAGAUUAUUUUUUCUCCAUGUUUUCUAUCAAGAGGCGCUGGCACCUUACCACUUCAGUGCCAAGAAGGUAUCGGAUGGAAUCUUGCCCCCCUCUCCUCCCCUGCUCAUUCCAGUGCGCCUUGUAGACAAGAAGGACGUUGCCUACCAAGUGGACUAAUUAACCCAAGAGUUUGUAUAUAAUGUAUAUUGCUUUAACCAGCCUCGCCUCCCUGUUGUCGCUUUGGCUUAUGCCUUCUUAAUGUCAACCAAUCAUGGACUGCAGAAUUCAUCUUUUUAAAGAAAUAGUACAAAGUUCUUAAUUCAAGUUGGCCCCAGGCUGGCAGCAGCUGUUUCCUGGGGCCUCUGGCUUCAUUUCUGUUGGGCUCCAGGCUGGCAACUGGUGCCCCUGGGGCCUAUGGCUUCACCUGGAGUUCCAGGCUUUUACUGGGGCUCAGGUUUUGUUUUUCUAGGUACCAGGAUUGCAGGUGUUGCUGCUGGAGCCUGGGGUUUCACUUCACCAGCCCCUGGGCUGGCAGCUGGUGCUGCUGCUGGGGCCUUGAAUUUCAGUUUGCCAUGAUCCAGGUUUGUGGCUGGGUCCUUGGGUUUCACCUUCUUGUGCUGCAGCCCAGCUGUAUCUGUGCUCUCCUUUAGUUUGUAUCAAGAUACUGAAAAACAAAACUGACCUGCAGAAGUGGGAUUUAUUUGGAUAAAAGUUUUUUUUAAAAAAAAAAAAAAAAAGCAAAGUUUAACUCCUUUGACCUCUGCUUCUGGUUCUGCCAGGGUCCUAAGUGAGGGUCCAUUUCUUUUGAGAACAACAAAAACCACGUGAUUCUGCCAAAAACCCCAAACUUCUCCUUGUUGCCCUGUCCACAAAUAGGCGAUCUGAACUUGAAUGUGAAUUUUGGUGGCAAAGCUUUUGUUUUUGAGAAAGAAAAGGCAUGAAAAUACAUCCAGCUGUUCUGGAUUGAUGUCUGAGUAUGAAAGCUGCUGCAGGAUCAUUCCCAGGAUUCUUCUGUUAGAAAGGAGGACUGCUGUUUAGCAUAAAGGAAUGGAAAGCUUGCUUGUUUGGGUUAUGUGGCGGUGGAGGAUCACCCUUGGAAACAAACUGGUCUUGCUAUGCUCAGCAACAUUUUCCUGCCCCUUGUUGGCCUUUCUGGGAAAACAAGGGCUCAGUUCAUCAGCCUCAAUAGGUGUAGUUGAAGGUGGAGAGUGUAUGUGUGUGUAACUAAAAUAUCAAAUGUCUGGGCUGAAAGUACAUGCUCAGCACCUGAAUAAUUGCCUAAAUAAUAAUUAAAAAAGAAAUUUGUCCUUAAAAUUACUAAAAGGCAUGGAGGGUAUGGCUUCCUUUAAGACCUUGAAGGUGGACGUGCUCAGUUUGUCGGUAAGUGGCCCUAUGGAAUUGCUGGCCUUAGUGUGGUAGGAUAUGAUUCACCAAUGUCCAUGAGCUUUGAAUCAGCCCACUUCUCUCCCUUCCUCCCCCUUCCCCAGGAGAGGCUAAAUUUUAGUCACUUAUUUUGCCUGCAUUUUUUUAGAUUUUACGGGUUGUGGUAAGAGCCCUAAUCAUACAAUCACAUCACAAUCAAUCACUUAAAAGACUUUUUAAAAAAUGCAAACAAUGAAUGUGUAACACUUAUUUUUUUUUUAAUCGGUUCAGGUGCUGGGAGUAUGUAUCCAGCUGCCUUCACCCGUCUCUUUUCUUCACAUAUCUUUCAUUGGUAACCCAAGAAUAAGAAUGAGCUGGGAUGGUAUUGCUAGUGUGAGCUCUGAUAAUUGUAAGACUUGAGCGGCUAUGGAAAGUGGCGGCUUAAGUUACACCAGUCCAUUCUGUCUGCUUUCUGAUGUCGAAUGUGGUGUGUGCCCAAGGAAGGAGCUGGGUCAGUCCUCAAAGCCUUCCUGUUGAAAUGAAGCUGUCCUGUGAUGGUUACCACUUUCAGAUUAAAGGGCCCAGCUGCAUUACUCUGGGACUCUUGUGGUAGCAUGUGUGCAGAUCUAGGAGGGAGUAACUUCAUACAGGCAGAAGUAAAGAAAAUGUCUGAAUUUACUGGAAAUGAUGCAAUAAAAUGAGGAAAUGGUGCACCCAAGCCUGGAGUGUUCUCUUAUAUGGAAAGAUUGGUCCUCUUUGAGUCCAGGUCUUUGUGGCCAUGGUUUGAACUCUGCCAAUCCAGGUGUCCAACUUCCUGGCUUAAAGUGGGAUUUUUUUUCUUUUUUUUUUUUUUUUUUUUUUUUUCUAGAGCUGGCUGUAGAGGAGCAGUUACCUCUCUGCUCUUGCCACUCACUGACUAUUCAAUUGGAAGGGGUGGGGACUGUGUCUCUAGUGGUGCUGAUGUGAAGUUUCCUAAAUGUUGAGCAAUGGAAUGUCUAACUGGUUUGCUAGGAUUAUUUCUGUAAUGAAAGUUUCUAAUUAUGCUUUUUAAAUAAUUUUAAAAAACUAAAAAUAAAGGUUACAAGCUGCCAAAUCUUU